AAUGUAAAAAAUCGAUUAUGGUGUUGAAGUUCAUAUAGAUGAUACUCUAUAUGCUGGGAGAUGUUUAUUAUAAAUUCUUAAGAGUCCACUCAUAUCUUAUAAAUACUAAUAAGAUUAAGCUAAAUUUCUUUUAGGAAUAGAUCAAUAAGGAUGGCCAUAAACAUAAUUAUUACAUGGUACUAAUUGUCCUUGUUUCAAUUAAGAUUAUUAAAAUAAAGAUAUGAAGUUAAGCAAAAUUAGAUUAGCUACAGUAGCUAUGUUAUGUGAUAAAAAUGAUAAUUUUUUAAUAACAAGAAGACAUUCUCAAAUGAAAACAUUUCCUAAAACUUGGGUAUUUCCAGGUGGAAUGGUAGAAAGAUUAUAAGAUUUAGAAUCUGAAUGUUUAAGAGAAGUUUAAGAAGAAACUGGAAUCAAUGUAUUACCAAUUUUAAAUAAAAUGGAACUUAAAGUUUUAUAUGAAUCAGUGUAUCCAACUUAAUUAUAAGUUGGUUAGUUUCCAUAAAAAUAAACACUCUGUAUAUUUUAUGAAGUUAAAUUAAAUGAAUCAUGCAAUAACAUUAAAGUAAAAAUUUAAGAGAGUGAAGUUGAUGAUUUUAAAUGGAUUCCAAAAAAUUAAUUAUUAGAUAUAAUGAAUGUAUCUACAAAUGAUUAAUAAUAUAAAGAAAUGAGUGGGAUUUAUCCUAAUUAAUAUGGAUCAGGAAUUGGAGAAGGACAUAUUAAGGCAUUUAUGAAUAGUUAUAAGAAUUGA